GACAAAGUUUAAAAUGCUUCAACCAUUUUGCCUUAUGUUAUCCAUGUAUAUAAUGCGACUAAAGAUAAUCACUUAUUACCAUUUAGGUUGAACUUGUAAAAGUGGCAAACUUAAAUAGGAAGUGUCAAAAUGAUCCUAAGGAUAACCUUAUUGUGUUUGCUUUUCGGAUCAGCAUAUGGUUCUACGUGUUAUAGGUACAAGACUUGCUACGAAACAUGCACAAGCACCUGGACAACUUACACUAAAUGUGGGUGGCUUUGGCGGGAUCGCUGUGCAAGACGCCAUUCUAGAAACUACAGUUGUACAAAGAAAUGUAGUGUUUCAUACUGCUGCUCAGGCUGGACAGGAUCGUCAUGCACAACCGCUUUAUGCUACGGAUCAGCAUCCUGUCCAAACGGUGGUACGUGUAUCUCUCCGAACAAAUGUAGGUGUCGGUCAGGAUAUACUGGAUCAAGAUGUUCCCCUGUUUGUUAUGGAUCAACAUCCUGCCCAAACGGCGGUACGUGUACCUCUCCAAACACUUGCAAGUGCCGUUCAGGAUAUACUGGAUCACGAUGUUCCCCUGUUUGCUACGGAUCAACGUCCUGCCCAAAUGGUGGUACAUGUAUCUCUCCGAACAAAUGCCAAUGUCGUUCCGGAUAUACUGGAUCAAGAUGUUCCCCUGUUUGUUAUGGAUCAACAUCCUGCCCAAACGGCGGUACGUGUACCUCUCCAAACACUUGCAAGUGCCGUUCAGGAUAUACUGGAUCACGAUGUUCCCCUGUUUGCUACGGAUCAACGUCCUGCCCAAAUGGUGGUACAUGUAUCUCUCCGAACAUAUGCCAAUGUCGUUCCGGAUAUACUGGAUCAAGAUGUUCCCCUGUAUGUUACGGUUCAACAUCUUGCCCAAACGGUGGUACGUGUAUCUCUCCGAACAGGUGUCAAUGUCGUACAGGAUAUACUGGAUCAAAAUGUUCCCCUGUAUGUUACGGAUCAACAUCUUGCCCAAAUGGUGGUACGUGUCUCUCCCCGAACAAAUGCCAGUGUCGUUCCGGAUAUACUGGACCAAGAUGUUCCCCUGUAUGUUACGGAUCAACAUCCUGCCCAAACGGUGGCACGUGUAUAUCUCCGAACAGGUGUCAGUGUCGUACAGGAUAUACUGGAGCAAAAUGUUCCCCUGUAUGUUACGGUUCAACAUCCUGCCCUAACGGUGGUACGUGUAUCUCUCCGAACAGGUGUCAAUGUCGUUCAGGUUAUACUGGAUCAAAAUGUUCCCCUGUAUGUUACGGAUCAACAUCCUGCCCAAACGGUGGCACGUGUGUCUCUCCGAACAAUUGUCAAUGUCGUUCAGGAUAUACUGGAUCAAAAUGUUCCCCUGUAUGUCAGGGCUCAACAUCUUGUCCGAACGGUGGUACGUGUAUCUCUCCGAACAAAUGUCAGUGUCGUUCAGGUUACGCUGGAUCAAGAUGUUCUCCUGUAUGUUACGGAUCACAUUCUUGUCCAAACGGAGGAACAUGUUUAUCUCCUGACAAAUGCCAAUGUCUAUCAGGAUUUAGUGGAGCAAAAUGUGAUGACAUAGAUGAAUGUAAAGACGGUACACACAAUUGUACACAAAAAUGUCAAAACACACAAGGAUCGUAUACGUGUAGUUGCUAUCAUGGCUACCUGCUUGAAAAUAACAUGAAAACGUGUACAGAUAUAGACGAAUGUAAAAGUGGUGACCAUAAAUGUAAACAAAACUGUCGUAAUACACCCGGUUCAUACGACUGCUUUUGUAACUCAGGGUAUUCUCUUGGUAAGGAUAAGGAGGCGUGUUUCGACAUAGAUGAAUGUAAAAACAGUAAUCAUGGAUGUAAACAACGAUGUCAAAACACGCCAGGCUCAUAUUUCUGCUCAUGUUAUGGGGGAUAUUAUCUGGACUCUGACAACAAAACGUGUAAUGACAUUAGGGAAUGUGAAAGUGACCAUGGAUGUCAGCAAAAUUGCCGAGAAAUACCAGGUUCCUAUGUCUGUGAAUGUGAACUUGGGUACACGCUGGAUGAAGACAAAAAGUCAUGUAAUGACGUGGAUGAAUGCAGUAACAGUACCCAUGAAUGUCAGCAAAUUUGCCUUAACUCAAUCGGUUCCUAUAGCUGUUCCUGUAAUAUCGGAUAUGAACUCACCACUGAUAAUUACACGUGUACAGAUAUCGAUGAGUGUGAGAGCAACAUUCAUGAAUGUGAGCACAUUUGCGAAAACACACCGGAGUCCUACACUUGUUAUUGCAAUACUGGAUUUACUAUAGACUCUGAUAACAGAACGUGUGGUGGAAUCGACUGUGAUAUUGAUAAUGGAGGAUGCGAGCAUAGUUGUGUGAAUAAGACGGGUAUAUUCGAAUGUAGCUGUAAUGAUGGAUAUGCGUUAGCUAAGGACGGAGUGUCGUGCAAUGAUAUAGAUGAAUGUGCUACCGAGAAUGGAGGAUGUGACCAACAGUGUAACAACUCAGAAGGGUCCUUUUCUUGCAGUUGUUCCGGUGGAUACGUUCUAGAUAAUGAUAAUAUAACUUGUGAAGACUUGGAUGAAUGCGAAAACAACAAUGGCGGCUGUGGGCAAAUUUGUGAAAAUAAGAAUGGGACAUUUAGCUGUAUGUGUGAAGAGGGAUAUUUUCUGCAGAAUGACAGUAAAACGUGCGCUGAUAUAAAUGAGUGCGAAACAGAUAAUGGGGGAUGUGAACAGUUUUGCAGAAAUGAGGCUGGGAAAUUUUCUUGUUCUUGUUCAACUGGAUUCUCACCUGAAAGCGAUAGAAGAUCGUGUAAAGAGGUAAAUGAAUGCGACACAAACAAUGGGGAUUGUGAACACGUUUGCACAAAUACGAACGGAUCUUACUUUUGCAGCUGUUUCGAAGGGUUUGCCUUGCAGUCUAACAAUAUGACAUGCACUGACAUAAACGAAUGCGAAAUAUUUAAUGGACGCUGCGAUCAAAAUUGCAAUAAUUCGGAAGGGUCUUAUUUCUGCUACUGUUCUGAAGGCUUCACGCUACAGAUUGACAAUGAAACUUGCGAAGAUAUAAAUGAAUGUGAAAUUCAAAAUGGGGGUUGUAAUCAGACUUGUGUCAAUGUCAAUGGAUCUUUCAAAUGCGAAUGCAACAAAGGGUAUUUGAUAUCGCAAGAUAACAUUUCGUGCGAAGACGUGAAUGAAUGCAUCUAUGACAAUGGCAACUGUAGCCAGAUUUGCGUAAACGAAGAGGCAUCUUUCUUUUGUGGAUGCUUGGAUGGAUAUAUUCUCCAAGAUGAUGCUAUAACAUGCCUUGAUGUGAAUGAAUGUGUGGUAAACAACGGAGGAUGUGAGGAGCAGUGUACAAAUACCGAAGGCUCAUUCUACUGCAGUUGCGAUGUGGAUCACACUUUAAAUAAAGAUGGGUUUACGUGUGAUAGUACCGAUGAGUGUAAGAGUGCUGAGAUCCACGGAUGCAACCAAAACUGUGCAAACAUACCAGGUUCCUUUGUUUGCUUCUGUAAUGCUGGAUUUUCUCUUGACUCCAACAACAAAACUUGCUCAGAUAUUGAUGAAUGCUCGGUCGAUAAUGGCGGAUGCGAUCAUAACUGUACCAACAUAAAAGGGACAUUUGAAUGUAGCUGUAACGAAGGAUAUAGUUUACAGAACGACUCGACAUCAUGCAAAGAUGUUGAUGAAUGUGCGGACGAGAACGGCAGUUGUGACCAAUUAUGCAUCAACACAGACGGGUCAUUUUCUUGCAGUUGUUCUGACGGGUUUGUCCUGGAGAAUGACAGUGUAAAUUGCAAAGACUUAAACGAAUGUGAAGCUAAUAAUGGUGGAUGUGAUCAAAUAUGUACCAACGAAAAUGGAACAUACACUUGCGUGUGUACAACUGGAUACUCAUUGAAUGAUGACGCUCAUACUUGCGAUGACGUCGAUGAGUGUGAGGUAAACAAUAGAACCUGUGAACAACUUUGUAGAAAUGAAGAAGGGAGUUUCUCUUGCGUCUGUUCAGAUGGAUUCUCGCUUGAAAGUGACAACACAACUUGUACAGACGUCAAUGAAUGCAAAAACUAUAAUGGUGGAUGCGAACAAACUUGUCAGAACACAAACGGAUCUUUCAUUUGCGGCUGCACCAAUGGAUUUUCCUUACAUUCCGAAAAUGGAACAUGCAAAGACAUAAACGAAUGUGAAACAAAUAAUGGACUUUGUGAUCAUCAUUGUUUCAAUUCCGAUGGAACAUAUUAUUGCUCUUGCUCAGACGGUUUCUUGCUACAAGGAAACAACCAGUCAUGCGAAGACGUGGAUGAAUGUAACACCGAGAAUGGUGGUUGUGGGCAGAUUUGUGUCAACUCAAAUGGAUCCUUCAACUGUGGAUGUAAAGCCGGCUUUUCUUUAAUGGCGAAUAAUUUGACAUGCGAGGACGUAAAUGAAUGCAAUGCCAACAACGGUGCCUGUACCCAAAACUGCGUGAAUGAAAUCGGAUCCUUCUCAUGCGGAUGUCAUGAUGGCUAUUUUCUCCUAGAUGAUGGGAAAACAUGCUUCGAUAUUGAUGAAUGUGAAAUAAGUAACGGAGGGUGCCAGGAGAAGUGUACGAAUUUCGAAGGUACAUUUCACUGCGGUUGUGACACGGGCAAGAAUCUAAAUGAUGAUGGGUUUACCUGUGACAAUACAAAGCUCCCUUCAAUUUCCUCAACAUUGAGACUCGUAAUUGAAGAAUCAUUUGGAAACGGACUACACAAUGAAUCAGCAAAUGACAAUAUUUUUGAAAAAUUGGAAGAGUCACUUGACACAUACUUUAAGAAAUUCAUCAAGAAUCCUAUCACUGUGGCCGUACACCAGAUUAGAAAAUUCCAGGACAAAGAUGGGAAAAUUGUUAUUGUAGCAAAUUAUACGGUUUGGUACAACGAAAGCGGGAUGAGUAAUAAAGAAAAAGACAGACUACUUCGUGGAUCUACUGAUCUCGUUGACGGGACUACUUUGCUGUACAAUGGAAAGUCUGUACGCGCAAAAUUAGAUAUGCCGGAGAACAGAAGUGGGCUUUGUGAGGUACACAAAAUGCUUUAUGGAAACUGUGAACCAGGGUUUGAUUGCAGAAUUAAAGGAAACAUCCCUCGCUGCGUAAAAGCUCAGCCUACAGAAUCACGUCAAAAAGGUGGAUCCAUUGUCUACAUUGCUCCUGUUCUGGUUGUUAUAUUAUUGGUAGCGGCUGGAAUAAUUGCCUUCUGGUAUAUAAGGAAGAAAAGGAAACACACUAGUGAUUCAGGUGUUAAAUAUAAAAGGGAACGAUCGGCAACACUACUGAGCGAACUUCCAGAAGGAGAGAACACCUGCCAAGAAAUGAAAUGUACAGAGGAGGCUACAUCAAGAUUUUCCGCAAGUGCGCCAUCAUCAAUCACGUCGGAUCUUGCAGGCGGCGAGGAGAUACGAAACUCUUCAGAACUAUCCGAUGAUAAAGUCAAGGGGUCAUCCAAAGAGAUCUCAAGUGACAAUAUGAAAAGGGUUUCCUCACAAUCAGAAGUAAAGGAAACAAAAUCAACCAAAGACAAGAAAGAAGACAAAUCCAUUCUUCUGUUUAAAGAGGAACUACAUGAGUCGCAUGCAUAACAAACAUAAGUGACCAGACGAAAUGUUACUAUGAAAGUUCAGUGUUACAAAUAUACAAUGUACUCGUAUAUCUAAAAGUAUCAUGCUGUUAAUAAAACAUACGGAGAGGUAUGAGAGAAAGCAAUUUAACUCCGUUUAGAAUAUAACCAGGGAAAAAAUGAAGUACUCUCUGAUGCAGGAUUGUGCUAAAUAAACUAUAAGCUUUCUUAUUUGUUAAUAAAUUUGGUUUGAGUGUUUACUAAUGCUAUUGUUUCAUAUCAAAUUGUAGAUAAACCAAAGUAUAAUCAAUCUGUAUGAAUUACUUUACGAGUAUGAUAUAAGAAUUAAUUGCGAUGUUUUUGUAGAUGUGUUAUGUAAGUUAUUACUUUUUAAUACAACUGGUCGUUUAAUGAUUUAGCGUUUCUUCGAUGCUCCCCCUAUUGGUAUAGCACUUUUUGUGAAUAUAUGCCCCCUUUAAGUAGCAAAAUGAAGUGUUAAAUGUUAAACCAUGAAUAAUUUGAAGUAAAAAGUAAUACGCUUUAGGGUGCCGUUAAAUAAAUUUGUAUUGAAAAAAUAUAUAUAGGUCAACCGCUCAUAUAAUGACGCAAACUGAUUUCGAUAAACGUGUUCAUGUGUUACUGUUUGGAUGAGGUUAUAAUGGCCCAACCUUCUUGAAAUUACAGUAUGUGUGUGUGUGUGUGUGUGUGUGCGCGCGCGCGCGCGUGUUUCGAUGGAAAAACUAAAUACCAACUGCAUUAUAUUAUGCUAAUCGGUUAUCGUUUGUAGUUUAUAAGAGUCGUUAGUUAACUUGGUUCUGUCUUAUAGUGGAGUUGUAACAUUCAUUUUGAGUCCAUUCAAUGUCUCUAUAUAACAGGAUUCCGCUUAAGCCAGAGGUCAGAGCGGUCAAUUCCUCAUUUAGCUUAGUUCAGAUAACUAUGUUCUACAUAUAACUGCAUGUUUAGGUCAUUUUUGUUGCAUUAUACUUUUUAUAUUUGUUUUGAUAUUGCUUUGUCAUGAAGUAUCUGAAUAAAACGAUGGUGGCCAUGUUCGAUCAAGUUUGACUGUCACUGUUUCUUUCUUGCCGAAUGAAAAAUAAGACACUUUUUGAUGAAUUUUUAUCUUUCUUGAAAAAGUUCCGGCAUUUUAAUAUUGUGCUUGAGCUAUCUCAACAAUGAAUCAUAUGCUUGAAGUAAGCAUGCCGAGCUGAGCAGUGCCACUUUAUUUACAGACAUUUCAGCUACAGUCAAAAUUGUAAAUCUCGAAUGUUAUCGUUUGAUUUCUUAGUAUUCAAUCACAUUGCAUUCUUUCAAUCCAACUGUUCAUGUUCCACUCUGUAGGCUACAGUAGAUUCUGUGAAGCUGAGUAAGUAGAAAAACAAAGUCAACCAAAGGCAUAAUGAUGAUAUAGAUCUAUAUUAAUAAUAACAUAACAGAAUAGAGACAGUUUUUCUUAUGAUAGUUUUUCGUUUCAUACAAAAGUAGGAAGACAAUUAUGAGGCAAAUGGACUACUGAGAGCGUUAUACAUAACACUUUGUACUCUAGUUUGUAAAUGUUGUUUCAUGGAUAUUAUUUUACAUAAGAACAGAUCAAAAGCAAAACUAUCUCAUAAUUUCAUACUAGCAAGUGAUAUUUUCUUUUUUUGGUAACUGAAAUUCUUUUUAUCCGAUAUAACAUGUUUUGUAUAGUUUUGUGCAAUAACAGUUAUUAACUAUAAGAAAAUAAACAUUGUUUGAGCAAUAACAAUUACUAGCUUUUGUGAAAUAAAUCUUAAUCCAUU